CUUCGUCAGCGCCGCCCCCUGGUCAGCACAGCGGAUGACUUGCCGCUUUCGCUUGUUUUCUACGGUGAGUGUUUGUGUGUUGGAGUCCCAAAGCGAGCGUCGACACGGUGUCCGCGGGUUAUUGAACACAACAAGGACCCAUUGAGACCGACCUGGCGCACCAACCUGAAGAGGCAGUGAUGAUGUCAUCACCGUGGUGAUGAGUCGCGGGGAUGAGUCCGGACAACAAGUUCCCUUAAAAGGUUGUGGGCGUCUCCUAAGAAAACUGGGCGGAUACAACGACGACCAAUAGCCAAUGAGACCGGUCCGCGUUCCACUUUGGGAACCCACUGAAUAUUGAGCAGCAGGGGGCAGAGCCGACCCUGGACAGGGGGCGUGGCCAGACAUGGAUAGCCGGUGCAGCAGCAGUGCUGAUUCGCGGCUGAACGGCCGGGGGGCGGGGUCUCUGAACGCCAGGCUGGAGUCGUACGAGGCCGGGGAGAAGACGUGCAUCUCGGCUGUGAGGAGGACCUUCUGCCUCUUCGUGACCUUUGACCUGCUCUUCAUCUCCCUGCUCUGGAUCAUAGAGCUCAAUGUGAACGGUGGGAUCGCGAAGCAGCUCAACAUCGAGGUCCUCCACUAUGAUUAUCACGCCUCCUUCUUCGACAUAUAUCUCCUUGCCGUCUUCCGGUUUGCGUCGCUCAUCCUGGCCUACGCGGUGUGCCGGCUGAACCACUGGUGGGCCAUCGCUGUCACCACCGCCGUCUGCAGCGCCUUCCUGAUCAUCAAGGUGAUCCUGUCAAAGCUUCUGUCCCAGGGGGCCUUCGGGUACCUCCUGCCCAUCUCCUCCUUCAUCCUGGCCUGGCUCCAGACCUGGCUGCUGGACUUCAAGGUCCUGCCCCAGGAGGCCCAGGACCGCCUCCGGUUUUUGUCGAUCAUGGAUGCUGUAGACCGAGCCCCCCUCCUUCCGUCUGAGGGACAGUUCUACUCCCCUCCCGAGUCCCUAGCAGACUCGGACGAGGAGCUGGCGGCUAAAGUAGACCCAGAGAAAGAGCUUGUCUAACAGAACGCCGACUGCCACCAAACAUGGAGGACUUCAUCUGCGUUCAAACUACUUCCUACGGGGACAAGAAAGGUUGCGAUGGCGUCGGGACCUGGGGGAGGAGCCAGCCUUAAAUCAUCGGGUCAAGUGACCUCCGUCGGUCAUUUUAUUAUCUACACGUCUGGACUCUGCUCAUGUGAUUUUGACGUGGCUCGGACCGUCACAUCGUGUACGUCUGCUAAGGGUUAAGCUACGAGCUCAAGGAUGUUUAUGUUCCAGUCUUGACUCAACCCGUAUCCAUAGAGACGUCAUCCUAACACGCGUGGUACUUCCCGAUGUUCACAACGUCUUCACUACUGUUUGCUCUAUUUUUGCAAUGUUUGCUUUUGCUCUCCUUCAUUUCCUGUUGGGAUGGAGCGGCUCUAGGGGCUGAUCCUGGUAUGUAUGAAGUAUGUUGUUCUCACUUUGUCAAAGACACUUUAACUGAUCCACUGCAGACUAUAGCCUUGCUUGAAAAAUGUAUAGUAUUCCAAUAUUUCCUGUAGUUAUGUGUGUAGAUGUAAGAGGAGAAGGGUGUAAGAAGUGUGACUUCAGUGGGUCAGACUUUCUUAGCAGAGAUGAGAACGUUGCUUGAUCGAGUGUCGGGAGGCGACGAGCGUCCCCAUGUACAGCAUGUCAGAACCUUCUGUCGGUUUUUUAUUAUGAAGCUUGUGAUGAAAUAAAAUCAUUAAAAUGCAA